AUGGAUCUCGUGCUCAACAUCUGUGACGACCUCUUCCUCGACAGGGUCUGGGCAGCCCUUCUCCCUGUCUCCGCUUUUACUUCAUCUCCGAGCGCUGCAUUUAUCCAGUCGUCCCUGAACAACACGCAGUCCCCUAUCAUUCCUGAUGCCACAAAGUGGUCUCAAUUAAUCUCGUACAUCCCUCAUCCCGCUCUGCCAGUUGAGCUCCUAUCGCAACCCGCACUGGCGACCUCUCUCGUCUCUGCGUGGCCCCGCGAGUAUAUACCCAGACAGAUUCUGUCACUCUUCGCUAUCACGCUCAUCGGCAUUCACAUCCUCUAUUUCACGUUCGCCUGGCUAUCAUAUAGAUAUGUAUUCAAUCAUGAGAUGAUGAAGCACCCGCGCUUUCUCAAGAACCAGGUCAAGCUCGAGAUCCAGCUCAGCUUGAAGUCUUUCCGCUCUAUGACGCUACUCACCUUGCCCUGGUUCCAGGCCGAGGUCAUGGGUUACUCGAAGCUGUACACCAGCGUUGAGGAAUACGGGUGGAUGUAUCUCAUAUUUUCCGUUGCAUGGUUCCUUCUUUUCACCGACUUUGGAAUCUACUGGAUACACCGGUGGGAACAUCAUCCUCUGUGGUACAAGUGGUUGCAUAAGCCGCACCACAAGUGGGUUGUACCGACGCCGUUUGCCUCUCACGCAUUCCAUCCUCUUGAUGGGUAUUUCCAGUCCCUCCCGUAUCACAUCUUCGUAUUCCUUUUCCCACUUCACCAGAAAGUUUAUCUUGGCCUCUUCGUCUUUGUCAACUUCUGGACUAUUUUGAUCCACGAUUCGGACAUGAUCACUGGACAUCCGCUCGAGACAAUCAUUAACGGCCCAGCACAUCAUACGCUGCACCAUUUAUACUUCACUGUUAACUACGGUCAGUAUUUCACGUGGGCCGACCGGAUGGGCAGCUCGUAUCGACAGCCCCUCUCUGAGCUUGAUCCGAUUCAUGAUGUCCGCGCGGCCGAGGCAGCAAGGAAGGAAAAACAAGCACUGGGGAAGGAUCUAUGA